GUGGGAGGGACGGAGGCGGGAGGCGUGCAGGGCCCGGGCUGCCGUAGAGGCAGAGUCGGCCGCCGGCGGUGGGAGGAGCCGUGCGGUUCCGGCUGCCCAGGCGAGGCGACACUUGGGUCCGCGCCGCGGGCGGGGACGACAGGUAGGCGAAAGGGCAGCCGCGGCUCCGCGAGAGGCUCGAGCUGCGGAGUCCCCUGCGGCGCCCGGCGCGCCCCCCGCAGCCUCGGCCUCCGGCGAGGCGGGGAAAUAAGGAGAUGCCGACCCAGAGAGACAGCAGUACCAUGUCUCACCCGAUCGCAGGCGGCGGCAUUGGGGACCACUCUCACCAGGUCCGGGUGAAAGCCUACUACCGCGGGGAUAUCAUGAUAACACAUUUUGAACCUUCAAUAUCCUUCGAGGGUCUUUGUAAUGAGGUUCGAGACAUGUGUUCUUUUGACAAUGAACAGCUUUUCACCAUGAAAUGGAUAGAUGAGGAAGGAGACCCAUGUACAGUAUCAUCUCAGUUGGAGUUAGAAGAAGCCUUUAGGCUUUAUGAGCUAAACAAGGAUUCUGAACUGUUGAUUCAUGUAUUCCCUUGUGUACCAGAACGUCCUGGAAUGCCCUGUCCAGGGGAAGAUAAAUCCAUUUACCGACGAGGUGCACGCCGCUGGAGAAAGCUUUAUUGUGCAAAUGGACACACUUUUCAAGCCAAGCGUUUCAACAGGCGUGCGCACUGUGCCAUCUGCACCGACCGAAUUUGGGGACUUGGACGUCAAGGAUAUAAGUGUAUCAACUGCAAGCUCCUGGUUCAUAAGAAGUGCCACAAACUUGUCACAAUUGAAUGUGGGCGGCAUUCUUUGCCACCGGAACCAAUGAUGCCCAUGGACCAGUCAUCCAUGCACUCAGACCAUGCACAGACAGUAAUUCCGUAUAAUCCUUCAAGUCAUGAGAGUUUGGACCAAGUUGGUGAAGAAAAGGAGGCAAUGAACACCAGGGAAAGCGGCAAAGCUUCUUCCAGUUUAGGUCUUCAGGAUUUUGAUUUGCUCCGAGUAAUAGGAAGAGGAAGUUAUGCUAAAGUACUGUUGGUGCGAUUAAAAAAAACAGAUCGUAUUUAUGCAAUGAAAGUUGUGAAAAAAGAGCUUGUCAAUGAUGAUGAGGAUAUUGACUGGGUACAGACAGAGAAACAUGUUUUUGAACAGGCGUCCAAUCAUCCUUUUCUUGUUGGGCUGCAUUCUUGCUUUCAGACAGAAAGCAGAUUGUUCUUUGUUAUAGAGUAUGUUAAUGGAGGAGAUUUAAUGUUUCAUAUGCAACGACAAAGAAAACUUCCUGAAGAGCAUGCCAGAUUUUACUCUGCAGAAAUCAGUCUAGCAUUAAAUUAUCUUCAUGAACGAGGGAUAAUAUAUAGAGAUUUGAAAUUGGACAACGUGUUGCUGGACUCUGAAGGACACAUUAAACUCACUGACUACGGCAUGUGUAAGGAAGGAUUACGGCCAGGAGAUACAACUAGCACUUUCUGUGGUACUCCUAAUUACAUCGCUCCUGAAAUCUUAAGAGGAGAAGAUUAUGGUUUCAGUGUCGACUGGUGGGCUCUUGGAGUACUAAUGUUUGAGAUGAUGGCGGGAAGGUCUCCAUUUGAUAUUGUUGGGAGCUCCGAUAACCCUGAUCAAAACACAGAGGAUUAUCUUUUUCAAGUUAUUUUGGAAAAACAAAUUCGCAUACCGCGUUCUUUAUCUGUAAAAGCUGCAAGUGUCCUGAAGAGCUUCCUCAACAAGGACCCAAAGGAACGAUUGGGUUGUCAUCCACAAACAGGAUUUGCUGAUAUUCAGGGACACCCAUUCUUCCGAAAUGUUGAUUGGGAUAUGAUGGAGCAAAAGCAGGUGGUACCUCCGUUUAAACCAAAUAUUUCUGGGGAAUUUGGUUUGGACAACUUUGAUUCUCAGUUUACUAAUGAACCUGUCCAGCUCACUCCUGAUGAUGAUGACAUUGUGAGGAAGAUCGAUCAGUCUGAAUUUGAAGGUUUUGAGUACAUUAAUCCUCUCUUGAUGUCUGCAGAAGAAUGCGUCUGAUCCUCCCUGCUCAACUGUGCGUUUUGCUUGUGUUGCCGUUUAAUGCAUGGAUAAACUUGUUACCAGUCUGGAUGCAAUGAACCAUUUUAUAUUUUUCACCUACAGAAAAAACACUCAGUACCUUCUGUUGUUGGCUGUAAGAGUCAAUGGUUACAUCUCAGUGUAACUACGAAAAAAAUGAAACUACUUUCCAGACAGUCGUGUCAAAAUUUAGUGACACUGGUCAUCCAGCAACCUACUGAUGAAUAAUAAAGUUGUCUCUUUUGUUCAAAAGAAAUACUCACUAAAAAGAGUGUCUGUUGCAUUAAGGGACAUGGUGGGGUUAUAUCAUAAACCUCCUCAUGGGGUCAUUUAAAUAUUUAAUUUUGGAAUAAAAGAGUAAAUCAAAAUACAGCUUGUUAUAUUACCUGUUACUUUCUGAGUUCUUCAUGUUUAAAAAUUCAGCUGUAAAUUCUGUCAUUGCCUUAGAAGAUUGACUUAUUGAUUUUUAAGGCAACAAUUAUUAAUGAUACAAGAUGUUGCUUGCUUAGAAUUGAGGAAUACAGAUUCUUCUGAGGAAGAGAAUGGACACAUUUUAUUAAGAACCAGAUUCCAAAUUAUUCGCUGGCUGGCUUUGAAAAACUGAUUCAAGUGAUUUCUUUCAUAGUGAGGGGUUAGCUCCAGAGUUGGUCCCUGCAGUGGGAACUGUAACUGGAAUGUUAAUGUAGUUCAGAGAACCCAGACUUCUGUUCAGUGGAACACUUCUCAGUAUAU